AUGAGAUUCUUUGCAUUUGAUUACUUAACCUUGGUAAACAGAGCAGCUUUUGAAUCGAUCGGUGGAUUUGAUACUACUAUUCCUUUCUAUCAUACUGAUUGUGAUAUCAUUGACGAUUUGAUUGUUCUAUACCGAAAGAAGAAUACUGUAGAAGCCAGUUUUACGGACCAGACCAGACCGGAAGAUAUUGAAGCAGCACGCAAGCAUAACGAGGAACAGCUGAAGAUGGAAAAGGAAGCUCAAGAGAAAGAAGAGGCCCGGAGAAAGGCGGAAGAAAAGAAAAAACAGGCUGUGGUUGAUGAUGAGAAUGCGCAAGCGCAUACAAAGGCAAUGCAAGAACAGGUGAAAGCUCAGGCAAUGAGAGAGCAAGCUACGCUUGACAAUAAAGCCGAAGAGGUAAAAAAACAGGAGGAGGAAAGGGCCCAGAAUGAAGGUCAUAUUAUGGAUCACCCAAAAACUAAUGCCGAUGCCAGUAAAGGAUAUGAAAGAGGCAAUGCUGAGGUAAAGGGACCCUUAGAUAGACAGCAAGAAUUGCGACAAGAAAAGGAAAAAGGGGAGAAAGAAUCCAGUUCUUCGACCACCCAUUCAAAUGUGGGCGAGUAUAGAAAGCGAGAUCUGGAAGGUUCAUCAGCGAAUCCUCAAAUAAAAUCAUUAGCGGAUCUCCAUCAUGAUGCCACCUCAAAGUCAGCCUCAACAAGUCCAACCGCAUCAACCACAUCUUCUGCAUCCACAUCUUUAAACUCGAAAUGGAUAACCGACGAGCCCGGUUCCUCAGCAUAUUUCCAACUCCUCCAAGUCGUCAACGACAUGGUAGGAGCUAAGUACUCCCAAGGCGGCGAUGGUCGGAAUACAUGGCAGCAUCAACAAUCCGGAGGUCAAGGCGAGCCUUAUUAUCGCAAUGCAGAUGGUUUUGAAAAGGCCGUUCAAAUGACUAUCACAUUAGGAAGAGGAGUUUAUCUCGAGAAAUGGGGAACGUUGGAGUGUGGGUUGAUCAAGAGUGGAGUUACAAUGGAUGAUGAGUGGAAGCCUCGCGAGUGGAAUAUGCAGUGA